AUGGCACUUUCAGGUCAAAUUGUCUCGCAAAGUUUAUCGUCCACGCCAGAUUUUAGGAGUCGCCAAAGCAUUCCGCUAUUGAAAACUCCAAAUGCAAAAAUCACCAAACUAAAUGAACAAAAAUUCAAAAUAGGAAGUAUCAGGAGCAGACAGAGGUUCUUGAUAGCGCAUUCCAUGGUCAAUCCUGAAAUUGGCAAACGUUCACUUUCACCAUCCAACAGAAUCGAAACAUUCUACGCCAGCAUAAAUAACAAGGACCUGAACCAACUGUCCUUGCUCAUAUCUGAAGAUUGUUUCUUUGAUGAUUUCUCAUUCCCUCAAUCAUUUCAAGGGAGAAAGAUUUCUAGGGAAAGAUCUUCACUCUUCCGCACCCUAGCCGCUUCUCUUCCUGUUGCAUUCUUUCAUCUCCUUCGCUAA